AUGGCAGAAUCCUCAUCCGUUCACGACACCUCAGUUCGUCAACCCUUACUCGCUAUCAAAGCCCAACAAAACCUGAUCAUUGAUCUCACUCCAUUCGUAUAUGAACCCUAUAUGCUGUAUGUGGUUGAGUGUCUCAAAUACUCACCACUCGUCGACACACUGAUAAAGGUUGAAGUAGUUCCUAUGUCGUUCUUGUCUUUUGUCUACUCUACUGCAUUCUACGACAAGGCAAAUGAAAGGAUUCACUUUGAACUUCACGAUGAGAAGAUCUCUAUCUCCAAGAGUCGAUUUUGUGCCCUAAUUGGUCUUUCUCAAGAUCAAUCUCUGUUGGUUCAAAGCCUGGUUUCUUCAUCCAGGCAUUCUGAGAUUUCACGUGGGCGUUUCUGGUCUCUCAUCACCAAAUGGGCAAUGGAUCGCCAUCGUGUCCCAAUAAUGGCAGAUUCCUUGCUCUCCUCUAUUUCCACUUUUCACACGAAGAAAAUCAUCGUCACUGAUCCAACAAAGUUUUCAUUCAUUGGACCUAUUCCUGAAGCUAUGCUCGGUCGUAUUUCAGCGUCGGGUAACGUUCUUCAACAGUACAGGAAGCGUACACCUGUUGGUCCAAGAGAGCUUACGCCGGCAAUGCUUCGUUCCAUUGAAGAGGCUGACAAGCCUGCCAAGAGGGGUAAGAAGCCUGAAACACAAAAGGAAGGACCGGUCACAAAACCAACCAAGGGGAAAAUCCCUAAGAAGCGAAAAAUUGAUAAAGCUGCUACUUCCCAACCUCAACCCAAAAAGCAGAAGAAGCCCGCUAGGAGACUUAUUCGUCAAUCCUCCAGUGAUUCGGAUUCAGAAUAUGUUCCUCCUACGCAGAAGAACGCACUUCCUUCAGAAUCUGAGAGUGAAAUCUCUGACGAAGAGGCUUCGGGCCGAGGGGAUACUCCACCUCGCUCCCCUACUCCAGAAAUUCCGGUUCGUUGUUUUCCUCCUUCACCUCCACCUGUUGCCAUUCCAGUUUCUAUCCCUCCUAUCUCUCUAAUAACCACCUCUCAACCCUUCACUAUAAUUCCUAUUCCCACUCCCAUUUUCACAGAUACAACUUCUACCACUACUACAAAACCUACCUUUACUGUUCCCAAUCCACCUAGUGAGGAUGAUGAUGAUGAGCCUAUCACCAAACAUCAUCUCAAGGCAGUAAACGACAAGCUUGAUCUAUUGCUUUCCUCCUCUUCCUCUGGAGCUUAUUCAGACGCUGCAUUAAAAGCCUUGCCCUCUUCGGUUGUUGCCGAACAUAGUGCUUCUUUAUCUGCUGCAGCCAAGGCUAUUGAAGCCUCCACUUCCCAAUAUUCCUUGCGGGCUGCUGCUGCCAAGAAUGCUGAAACUGUCAACACUUCAAUGGAAAAUCUUCAAAAGACUCUUCAAUCUGAGUGCUCUAACAUUGCAGCGGCACGUCAUGCCAUUGAAGAAGCCAAUGAAUCGUUCCAUGCUAAUUUCAACGAACGCUUAACUCAACUGGAAGCGGACUUAGCUAUGGAAAAUCGAAUUAUGGAUGAGCUUGACAGACGUACAGCCCAGCUUAAACUGCAAACACAUAAGCUGCGUACUGCUAAUGCUAAGAUUAAUGACCUCAAGUCAGAAAAGGAGGUUAUUCGGAGUUCUGCUACAAAUGUUCACUCCAUCCUUCUUCGUCUCAUUGAGGCUAAUGAUCCGCUUAUCUCUAUCACUGUCAGAAGGCAUUUGGCAGACAAGAUCAGACCGGCACUGGACGUUCUCAGUCGAAUCGAGGGUGUUCUGGUGACUGGGGUCCAACCGAAACAAGGGGGAGAGAAAGAGUCAAAGCAACCUCCUCCUUCUAGCUCAAAACCAGUUGCUGAACCGAAGGACAAUGAAGAUGAUGUCUAUGUCGACAUUCCCAAGAAGCCUGUCCCGAAGGAUAACACUUCUGAAAAAGAAACAGAGGAAAUCACCAAGAAGCAGCGGGCUGAACUAGAGCAGAAGCGAAAGGAGGCGGAGCUCCUAGAGAAGAAAAUGUCUAUGUUUCCUGUAUAG